AUGUUGUAUCGUUAUGAUACAUCUUCAGGAAACCCGUACGACCCACAUAUUCGUGCUCUGACUGAGCUCGUUACUCUUCAGGCCACGGGCUGCGGCACUCAGCUCUUCACUUUUCCCGCUCUUCUCUUCCCCUGCAGACUGCAGCAGCCGCAGCCGCAGCCGCAGCCGGGCAGCCCGCCGCGGCGGCCCCCGCGCAGCCCGGACGCGCUGGCGGACGGCGGCAGCGGCGACGACGGGGAGCGGCUGGUGCGCGAGUGCGAGCAGUACCUGAGCAGCCACGAGCUGCGCGCGCGGGGCCCGGCCGCGGACGCAGCCGCGCCGGACUGCAGCCGCUCCGGGUCGGCGUCGUCCCUGUCGGAGAGCAGCGGCGCGGCAGGCAGGCGCGCGUCCACCUCGUCGCUGCCACCGGACGACGCGGCCGGCCUCAAGCGCAGGCGCAACCUGGUGGGCCGCUGUGUCAACAAGGUGCGGUCGCUGAUCCGCAAGUAGCCGGGCCCGGCCCACCCCCACCCUGUACAUACCGCGCCACGGACUCACUGUACAUAUGGACACUGUUUGUCACGGAGCGACACUCAAACGUCAGUGUAACCAAAUGAGCUAUUUUUAUUUCUAUUGCUGUUAAUUGUAUUUUACCAAAGGUAAUUUAAAGUAAUCGCUGCGAGGGCAGCUUCAAUAAAAUAUUUCGAGUCGUU